GCUUAUGGCUUCCGUGCGUCCGUCUCGUUUAUUGGUUAUCCUGUUGUGUGUUAUUGUAUUUUUCAUAAAAAUUUAUGGUGGUUAUUGACGUUUUCUCAAGUGUAUAAGCCAAGUUGAAUUAUAAUUUCUACGUGGAGUGAAAUUGUGAUACAAUUAUUGUAGCAUUAUUUCAGGUUUAUUUGGCUUGAUACAGCGGUCUUUUUCCUAACCUAAAUUCAACAUGGCUGGAUCAUCGAGUGAAUCUCAAACAUCUAUUGCUCGUAAAACAUGGGAAUUAUCAAAUAAUAUGGAAACUAUAAGUUCGGUGGAUGAAAUUUAUCGUUACGACAGAAAGCAGCAACAAGAUAUCCUAACAGCGAAACCAUGGGAGAAAGAUCCCCAUUUCUUCAAAGACAUUAAAAUCUCAGCACUGGCUCUUCUCAAGAUGGUAAUGCACGCGCGUUCUGGAGGUACUUUGGAAGUUAUGGGUCUUCUUUUGGGUAAAGUAGACGCAAAUACUAUGAUUGUGAUGGAUUCCUUUGCGUUGCCGGUUGAAGGAACCGAGACCCGAGUCAACGCUCAAGCUCAGGCUUACGAAUACAUGACUGCUUACAUUGAAGCGGCAAAGAGUGUGGGCAGACAGGAGAACGCGAUCGGGUGGUACCACAGUCAUCCGGGUUACGGUUGCUGGUUGUCUGGCAUCGACGUCUCCACUCAGAUGCUCAACCAGAACUUCCAGGAGCCUUUUGUCGCCAUUGUCAUCGAUCCCGUCCGCACCAUUUCUGCCGGAAAAGUUUGCCUCGGAGCUUUCAGGACGUAUCCCAAGGGCUACAAACCGGCCAACGAAGAACCCUCCGAAUACCAGACGAUCCCGCUGAACAAGAUUGAGGACUUUGGGGUGCACUGCAAGCAGUACUAUUCCCUGGACGUGACCUACUUCAAGUCGGCGCUCGACCGACGUCUGCUCGACUCGCUCUGGAACAAGUACUGGGUCAACACUUUGUCGUCGUCCUCACUGAUCACCAAUGCCGACUACACCACGGGACAGAUAUUCGACUUGUCCGACAAACUGGAACAGUCUGAGUCGUCGCUGGGUCGCGGCUGCUUCAUGCUGGGAGGAACCGACCCGCAUGACCGACGCACUGAGGACAAACUGUUGAAGGCCUCCAAGGACAGCUGCAAGACCACCAUUGAGAUAAUACACGGGUUGAUGGCGCAGAUGGUCAAGGAUCGCCUGUUUAAUCAUAUCAAUAAAACUGCCAAAGCACCUGUUUAAAGAGACUCCUGUUUAAAUCCACGGUUUGGUGGUUAAAGAUCGGCUGUUUAAUAUUAUAUCAAUAAAACUGCCAAGGCACCCGUUUAAAGAGACUCCUGUUUAAAUCCACGGUUUGGUGGUUAAAGAUCGGCUGUUUAAUAUUAUAUCAAUAAAACUGCCAAGGCACCCGUUUAAAGAGACUCCUGUUUAAAUCCACGGUUUGGUGGUUAAAGAUCGGCUGUUUAAUAUUAUAUCAAUAAAACUGCCAAGGCACCCGUUUAAAGAGACUCCUGUUUAAAUCCACGGUUUGGUGGUUAAAGAUCGGCUGUUUAAUUAUAUUAAUAAAACGGCCAAAGCGCCCGUUCAGAGAUACAUCUGUUUAAAUUAACUGAAAACGUUUUUCUAUUAUUGUUUUGUGGAGUGAAUAUUGGUGGAGCAGAUGGUUAAAGAUCGGCUGUUCAAUCAUAUUAAUAAAACGGUCAAGGCGCCCGUUUAAGCCUCUCUUCACACUUGGCUACGCUAUACUGAAAUACGUCCUUUCUUCAAUUGUUGAAUCCUUCAAGCUACGUAUCUGUCCCGUUCACAUCAGCGAAGCGUAGCUUUUGAUUUUGUGACAAAGGAUGGCUACGUCGUCCGAAGACGUAUUUCAGCUUAGCGUAAUGUGAAGAGACCUUAAGAUACGUGUAGCUAGAAAUUAUGUCUUCGGUAGACGUAGCCGUCCCAUCUUCCCAAUGGUAAUCCACGCUACGCAAUUUGUCCCGUUCACAACAGCGUAGCGUAGCUCUCAGCAUAGAAAACGCAUUUCUAGCUACACGUAGCUGGGUGUGUGACGACCUUCAGAAGGACACCUGUUUUAAGUGAUUGGAAACUUUUUCGAUUAUUGUUUUUUGGAGUGAAUAUUGAAGUGGAAGUGUUGUAAUGUGGUCACUAGGCAUUCAAUAUUUUUGUACCUUCGUCUUUUUUCUUUAGGGCUACUUUUAAUAUAAAUCUCAGUACCCUUUUGAAUCAUUUUGUCACAAAAUAAUCAUGAAAUACUGUUCAUGAUUAUCUAUCACCAUUUUUGGAACAUCUACCCCAAUUGUCAAGCAAAUCAAUUCUAUAAGAGUAUAUUUAAUUUAUACAAAUUAAUGGCUGUCCAAAGAAAUAAAAAAGAACAAAAGGGUACUGAGAUUUAUAUUUUUAUUUUGUACCUUUUUUAACAUCAGGCCAAACAACUAGAAUAAACACGUCAUAGACACUGUGACCUGUUAAGUAUAAUACAACUAUAAUGUACAAUAGUAUUGACUGUCUAGGGGCCGCUUAAGGGUGUUGAAAUGACUAGUGAUCAAUCAUUCUUUCUGACUAUAUGAUAAUUAGUAUUUACUUAUUGGAAUUGUGUCCUGUUUCAAAAUAUAUGUGUAUGUUGUUUCAAAAAGUUAUUAAUAUUCUUUUGGUUAAAACUGAUACAAGCUGUAAAAUGAUAUUCAUGAUUGACAUGAGAUGUAACUUUUUAAAACUACUACUCCAAAAGUUUCAUGCUAUUAUCUUCUCGUUCUAAAAUUGGAAUUCAGUUGAACAAUUUUUUUAAGUCAAAUAUAAUCAAUAAAUCUUGUCUAUUUCUA